UAAAGUGGUGUAGCUACUGUAGUGAGUGUUGGAAAAUCAAUGCUGCCUGCUGCUGCCCCUUGCUUCCCCCAGAAAAUAAUAAACAAUCCUCCAUUUCAGGUUAUCUCUGGGACAAGAAGAAGAAAGUUCUCAGUCUAUAAAUUAAAUAGGGGGAGCGUACCCGCCAAAAACAUUCCAUCUUUAGCCUCCUUAACCAGUCCAGCAACUAGCCUCCUGAUCAAUAGCCAUGGCCAAGCUGGAUGUCAUGGUCUUACUGCUGGCACUCAUCGCCAUUUCCAUGCUCCAAACUCUGGUUAUGGCUUCCCAUGGACACGGCGGCCACCACUACAACAACAAGAGCAAAUAUGGGCCGGGGAGUCUGAGAAGCAACCAGUGCCCGUCACAGUGUACGAGGAGGUGCAGCAGGACGCAGUACCACAAGCCGUGCAUGUUCUUCUGCCAGAAGUGUUGCAGCAAGUGCCUCUGCGUCCCUCCAGGCUACUACGGCAACAAGGCUGUCUGCCCUUGUUACAACAACUGGAAGACCCAGCAAGGCGGCCCCAAGUGCCCUUAAAUUAAAACAACCUACUUGAA